AGCACACCUGACCUAGUGUGGCUUAUCACUUACGUAACCUGGAAGCUUUCAAUACAUUACUGCACUGAACAACACCACUGACAUUCAACAUGGCCACAGAAAAGUCUGUCAUGGUUCCCGACACUAGAGUGCUGCUCGAUCUGAAAAAUUCGAAAGGACACGGGUUCUACUGUUUCAAGUAUGAUGAACUCUACCUCUAUGCGCUGCGUCCAUCCAUGUUGAAGGGGAGUAACAAUAAAGACAAAAUCAAAAGUAUCAAAGAAGCUGAACUAAAGGAUGAUGACAUCAUUAUCUGUGCGUAUCCCAAAUGUGGAACCCAUUGGCUGUGGGAAGUCAUCGAGAUGGUAAAGAGUGGGACCAUCCAGUACCAGAAGGAUGUGAAAGAGACCCGGAUGAUGGAAUUCAUCUUCAAAGAUGGAAUAGAAGCAGUGGCGCCUCCACGGGUCUUCAACACCCACCUCCCUCUGCGCAUGCUCCCUACACAGGUCGUGGAGAGGAAGGUCAAGUGUAUUCAGAUCAUGCGCAACCCUAAAGAUGCCUGUGUGUCCUUUUUCAACCACUGCAGAGAUAUGGAGAAACCGUAUGGCUAUGAUGGAGACUUCGCGGAGUUUACAGAAGCGUUUUUGUCAGGGAAAAUGCCGUUUGGAUCCUAUUCCACCUAUCUUCUAGCGUGGAAAGCUGAAGUGGCAGCUUCGCCAGAAUUACCUGUCCUUAAUUUGUUUUAUGAGGACAUGAAAUUUGACCCUGUCAAGACUGUUAAAGACAUCGCCAAGUUUCUAAGUCUGACGAGUACAGACCAGUUCUGUGAAGAGGUUGCGCUUGCUUGUUCCUUUAAGAAGAUGAAAACAGUUGACGAGGAAAUGAAAGUUGAACUUCCCAUAAAGCUAUGGAAAGAUGGCACCAAAGGGACGUUCUACAGGAAAGGUGAGAUCGGGGACUGGAAGAAUUGGUUCACUGUGGCAGAAAACGAGAAAUUUGAUCAAAUAUGGAACGAGCAGAUGAAGGAUUCUGGGUUCGAGUUUACCUAUGCACCGGUGUGAGGUCAUACCAAAUACAUGGGUUUCAUGUGAACCGGUAUCUAGUGAAUGUAUGAUACUCAAGAAGCUGAGUGUACAGUGACAAUUUGCUUCAUAAAACACUUCGCAGAAGUACAGAGGAUUAUCCGCGGAUAUUUACAAACGUAAUUGUCCCAACAUUUACCGCCCUCCUAAUCCAACAUUAUAGCAUUUCAGGACGACUUAUAUAUCCAAGGGAAGAUGCCAGGACAUAUUUUAUCUUUAUUCCCUGUCCUGGCUUAAGAGUUGAUAUAGUUAGACUUUAUAUGUUGUGUACAUGUGCAGGACAUAUUUUAUCUUUAUUCGCUGUCCUGGCUUAGAGUUGAUAUAGUUAGACUUUAUAUGUUGUGUACAUGUGCAGGACAUAUUUUAUCUUUAUUCCCUGUCCUGGCUUAGAGUUGUUACAGUUAGACUUUAUAUGUUGUGUACAUAUGCAGGACAUAUUUUAUCUUUAUUCCCUGUCCCGGCUUAGAGGUGAUAUAGUUAGACUUUAUAUGUUGUGUACAUGUGCAGGACAUAUUUUCACAUUCAGAACCGCUUAGCCAAUACAUGGCAUUUAACAGCAGGUAUGUUCCAGUUAGUUUACUUCACGUUGGUAAUAUCCGGAGUAUAGUUUAUCCAAUAAGUGGAUUGUGAAUAAAAAUAAUUGCAAGUGA